CAAUCCAUAAGAAAAAAAAAUGCUCAAAAUUUCAAAACCCUAAUAAAGAAUUUAUCUCUAACAGUCGGUGGAUUUGAUGAGUACGCAGAAAGGGAAUCCAAGCAAAAAGCUAGUCAAAUUCAACGGCUGUGAUUAAAGGACUUUUUAUAUUUAAAUUACAAAAUCCACUCCCAUUUUCCUACAGAUUCCUUCCUCAGCAGCCUCCGCGGGCCUUCCAUUCCAUAACGCCAACCAUGUGUGGAAUACUUGCAGUUUUUGGCUGCGUUGACAACUCUCAAGCUAAACGCUCUCGUAUUAUCGAACUGUCUCGAAGAUUGAGACAUCGAGGUCCUGAUUGGAGUGGACUACAUUGUCAUCAAGAUUGUUACCUUGCUCAUCAGCGUUUAGCUAUUGUAGAUCCGGCUUCCGGCGAUCAGCCCCUUUAUAACGAGGAUAAGACUGUUGUUGUCACGGUUAAUGGAGAGAUAUAUAACCAUAAGCAAUUGAAAGAAAACCUGAAGUCCCAUCAGUUUAGAACUGGAAGUGAUUGUGAAGUGAUUGCUCAUCUUUAUGAAGAAUAUGGAGAAGAUUUUGUGGACAUGCUGGAUGGCAUGUUCUCAUUUGUUCUUCUUAACACUCGUGACAAAAGUUUCAUUGCAGCUCGAGAUGCUAUCGGAAUUACCCCACUUUAUAUCGGAUGGGGCCUUGAUGGUUCUGUGUGGUUUGCUUCUGAGAUGAAAGCUUUGAGCGAUGACUGUGAACGAUUUAUGUCUUUCCUUCCAGGGCAUAUAUAUUCGAGCAAGCAAGGAGUGAUUAGAAGAUGGUAUAACCCCCCAUGGUUCUCGGAAAAGAUACCAUCAACCCCAUAUGAUCCUAAAGUCUUACGGGAGUCUUUUGAGAAGGCUGUGCUUAAGAGGCUCAUGACAGAUGUACCAUUUGGAGUGCUCUUAUCUGGAGGGCUGGACUCGUCACUUGUUGCUGCUGUAGCUGCCCGUUAUCUAGAUUCAGAGGCUGCUUGCCAGUGGGGCUCACAGUUACAUACCUUCUGCAUUGGUUUGAAGGGGUCUCCUGAUCUUAAAGCUGCUAGAGAGGUAGCAGAUUACAUUGGAACUCGUCACCAUGAGUUUCAUUUCACAGUCCAGGAAGGGAUAGAUGCUUUAGAGGAAGUUAUAUACCACAUUGAAACAUAUGAUGUGACGACCAUCAGAGCCAGCACCCCCAUGUUUCUUAUGUCAAGAAAAAUCAAAUCUUUAGGAGUGAAAAUGGUUCUUUCAGGGGGUUCCGAUGAAAUCUUCGGAGGCUACUUGUAUUUCCAUAAAGCUCCUAACAAAGAAGAGUUUCAUGAAGAAACAUGUCGAAAGAUCAAAGCUCUUCAUCUUUAUGAUUGCUUGAGAGCAAACAAGUCAACUUCGGCAUGGGGACUUGAAGCUCGUGUACCCUUUUUAGAUAAAGAGUUCAUCAACGUUGCAAUGAGUAUAGAUCCUGAGUGGAAAAUGAUAAGGCCAGAUCUUGGGAGGAUUGAGAAGUGGGUCUUACGUAAUGCAUUUGACGAUGAUCAGAAGCCAUAUCUGCCUAAGCACAUUUAUACAGGCAGAAAGAGCAAUUCAGUGAUGAGUUUGGAUACAGUUGGAUUGAUGGUUUGAAGGACCAUGCCGAGAACCAGGUCACUGAUGCAAUGUUGAUGAAUGCGAGCUUUAUCUACCCAGAGAAUACCCCAACCACAAAGGAGGAUACUAUU